AUGGGUUCUGAUGCUUUCUCAAUUAAUCUAUCUGUUCCCCGAUUCUUGAUCAAUGGCUACCAGCUAUCACAGUCCCCCAUCAUGGAAUAUGAGCAAAGUUUGCGAAAUAAACUACGUUCUGGCAGCAUUCCUCUCAACCCGUCUUCAGAUCCAACAUUGUCUGAACGUCGAAUGUUUGGUCGAGGACUAAGUUGGCGUACUAUACUGACAAACACUGCUCUCAGUUCGGUAGAUUCUAUUGAAACGGGCACCUCUGCUGGUGGAACACUGCGCCGAACGGCCAUAGCCACUGCGUACGAUCCAGUAGACGGACUGACUUAUUUUGGCGAGCGAUACUCCUCCGGUUCCGAGGCAAAAUCUCAUGUUCACGGCAUUGCUGAUCUUGGUGCGUUAGAUGCUACUCCGCAGGGUACAUUGGUGGCCCAUCUACAUGAACACCAAGCUGGAAUGAUCAGCUUGGCUGUUCAUGGUUCUGGUAGACUAAUGGUAUCGUGUUCCGCGGGUGAUGGCACGGUAAAACUGUGGAAUUGCGGUCUAUGGCCUGUUGAUGCUGACGGUUAUUUGAAUCAGAACACUCCAACUUCAUCGCUAAUUGGUGAAUCCGGCUCCAGAAACGGGUCGAAACCAGCAGGAUUCACUCAGAUCUACAGCUUACCUACUCGUUCAUCAUGGACAUACUGCACGCAGACUUCUGAUUCGGAAAUAUCAUCGAAAGUUUGUCGAGUAGCCACUAUCACCCGAGGCGAUUGGAUACACUGUGUUGACGUGGCUACUGGACGCCAAUGUAGCUUAAACAGUCUGGCCCACAAAACUCAUGGACGUGCACUCUGUUUGACUGCAUCUGCUACUACCCAAUUUCCGGCGCAACUCACUCUGUUACGCCCAGGUUUGUCUAACGGAGGGGGAGGAGAUGCCAAUUUGAUUGCAUAUGCCACUGCGGGUAACUAUAUUGUGGCCCGUGAUCUUCGUGCUCCUUUCUCGGAGCCACCGGCAUGGGGUUUGAAACAAGUUCGUGAAUACGGUAAUUGCAGUGAUCGAUAA